AUGCAAGAUAAGUCGCUCAAGGAUCAUUUGGAUGCGGAGAGGGCCAUCAAAAAGUAUCAUUUGAACACAUCGACAUUUGAUGUUGUUCGUGUUGAUGACUUCCACAACCACAACUGCUCCACCAUACAAGUUAUUAACAUUCUCACCCUAAGAUACUACGCCACAGGCGGGGACUUGAACAACGAUAUACUAAGCAACAUCAGAAGCAUCGCAAAAACAAACUUACGUCUAUCCAUAAUUUUGAGCUUUAUGUGUUUGUCGGUUUUCAUCUACGCCAUUUUCUUUUUCAAGUUUUUAUUCGGAAUGCUUCUGUACGUUCCCUUAAAGGUAUCACUAAGCAACGAAGGGUACAACGGUUUCAAGAGCUAUUGCAGUUACUUGGUAAACAAGUCAGUCGCUGACGCUGUUAACAAACAUCACAGGCCAAAGAAGGAAUUACGAGAGGAGGGAUUGCUUUCAGAGGCUGCCAUUUCACAACUUCCACAAAUAGACGAAUAUCCAUCCGACUACAAAGGAUACACUAGGGUUUACUAUGGAAGAUCAGAAUCGGAGGAGAGCAUCGCCAUGCAAAAUUUUAGCUCGAAUGGGGCAAAACCAUAUAAUGACCUGAAACUGGAGCUUUACCAACAACCUUCCUUUGACCAAUUGCAACAAUCUGAGCAAGUGUUUUCUACUUUGGGUGGAGGCAAUGUGCCUUUCAGCAAGAGGCUAGGCAGCCUCCAGGAAAAAAACAGGAAUAGAGUCUUUGGGAAUCCUCAAGUUGCCGGCAGUACAAGCUCUUUGACCUACACGCAACCAAAAGCGCAGUAUGAAUGCCUCAAAAGAGCUGAACCAUUGCCACAUGUUGAUACCGCCAAUGAUUUACAUUACUGCAAACAAAGACUGCGGUCCUACAAUAAACCAAUGGAGGGCGACGAUUUGCAAGAUGAGUCACAAGGCAGAAUGCCAAGCUUCCCAACGAGAUCAUACACCGCUGAGACUUUAUACGACCGGAAUAAUCAAGCUCAAGUGGAUUCUCAAAUUGACUUGCUUUCAACGGAUCUAAUCUAUGAAUCGGGAAACCACAUUGCUACAGAGCAAGAUAACACGACCACUGAACCUUGGAACUCGUCAAAACCAUUUGUUGACUACCAAAGUAUAAAUGCUCCAAACCGUAAGCCGGUUCCGAGAUCUUUCACUGAGGAGUCUCACAAGACAAGUAAGUAUACGCCCCAAGAUCCGUUUGUCGAAGAAGAUGACAACCAGUUUCUCUACGAGCAGCCUAGCGUACCGGAACUUGAGAUUGAACAUGGUUCUCCCAAAUCGCAAAAUUCGGGCGAGGUCGAUAAGAUAUUAGACGCCUAUGAUACAAAUGGAUCGGCUCCGUAUCCCGUAAGAGGAGUAUCUAAAUUUUUUGAAAAUUAA